AUGUCUGCUUAUGCACAUCAAAUGGAGCAGCAGCACUCUGGAGUUAGUCUUUCAGACAAUUCCGAUACAUCAAGCCAUUAUGGUCUAGAUUCAGGAUUCUACAUGUCAUCUUUUACAGCAACAAUUUUCGUUGUUUCGCUUGUCACUCUUGGAGUUUUACUUAUUACUUUGCUGGUUUCUUUGGUGAUUAUGCUGCAAUCAUGUCAAAGUAAAAGUACUGGAGUUAUUGAACUUGUGAAUAUGAAUGAUUACUACAGUUAUUGCAGGGUGUAUUCUCUGCAUGCUGAGAUCAAUAGGUUAGAGAGAUAUGAUCUUCCAAACAUAUGUAGAGAUCUGACUAUACAUUAUAUCAAAGGAGGGCAUUAUGCCAAAGAGUUGAAUUUAAUUGUGUCUAUGAUCGAUGAUUACUUCAAGAAUCUGAGACCUUCAGACAAUGGUUUGGAUGUGGUGUUGUUGGAUAUAGAUGAUAUUGUUCCUCCAAAUUCGUAUCAGAGGUUUCAUAGGGACGGCAUUAGCAAUUGUGUCAAAGAGGCAAAACAUGUAAACCUCAUGUUUGUUUUAAGAUUAUACAUGAACCUUCAAACUGAUGGGUGGCCUAUAAUUUUGGUAUCAAGAGAACCUGAAAUGUACCAAAAUGUCACCAUUAAUCAUCUUGUUUCUGCAGGAUUUAGAGGUUGGUCUUCCUUGAUGAUGAGAACAGAAGAUUCAGAGUCUACUAAAGGAAAUGAGUACUUUUCUAGGCAAAGAAGUGUGAUACAGAAGAAGGGCUUUCAUAUAAAAAGUAUUGUAAGUAGCCAUUUGGAUGUGUUGGCUGCUCCAGAUACUCGAAUACUAAAUUUUCUGCUGCCGGGCCUUGUAUGCACCAAGUUUGAACAUCAUAUAGAGAGCAUAGAUACUGGAAAUUAG